AAAUUAUCUUUAUUUUUCAACAAACAAAAAUGGCGAUAAGAACUCAGUUUAUUUCUAGCUGGAGGAUGAACACAUCUUUCCUUCUUAUCUUCUGUAUUCAGAUAUUUCAGAUAUCGAGCUUUCCUUCUGGUGAUGUUAAAACAGAAAAUGCUGGAGAUACAAAGAGCAUGUUGGAUGCUAUGGUCCAGUUACUGACCGGGAGUAAUGAUGGAUUCAAUGAAACCUAUUUUGAAGAACUUGUUCAAUGUAUGGAUGAUUACGAUCUAAACCUUUAUACCUCACAGGAUGCUGCAUGGGCAGGGAUGAUUGCUUACUCUGAUUCUAAUGGAACUCCAGAGGAUGAAUGGGGUGGAUGUCUAGAUACCGGGCACUGUCACAAGUAUCAUGAGCAGAAUGCUACGACUCAGUCUAGAUCUGUAAAAUAUCAGAAUUUCCACAACAUCACUAUUUAUGAACCCUGUAACUAUGCUUCCAAUGUUGCUUACUAUCAUGUGGUCACUCAAAUAUGCCAGCAUAAAGAUCUAUGGAGUAUGCCUAAGGAGAAUGUUAGAGCUCUUCUUCAGGGAUUUGCCACUCUCACUAUGGGUUCAUCCUUCUGGCAUGGAAGCCAUACAUACCUGGGCAAUGUAGCGGACAAUAGAUUUAUAGAUAUUGUUUCGUAUGUGGCUCAUCAGGCGAUGGUUGACAACCUGCCUACAGAGUCCUCUAUUGUCAAAGAACUGAGUCUAACUUCACGCUCCGGCUCUGCUGUUCAAGCUACUCAGGGGCUCACUGAGUUGUUUAUCACUACUCCAGUUGAAAAUUGGACCCAAGCAAUCCUGGAUCUUGAUGUACCUGACUACUACCUCACAUUCUCAGGUCUUGUGUGUACCUUCUUCACUCUGUUACUUGAUGAUACACUUGCUGAUAUACUAAUCCCAGAACUAAUGAAUCUGUUUAAUCUAUGUCUUGUGUGUACCUUCUUCACUCUGUUACUUGAUGAUACACUUGCUGAUAUACUAAUCCCAGAACUGAUGAAUCUGUUUAAUCUUCCAGAAGAACAAAGAGAGUUCAUUUUCAAUUUUUAUCUACCAGAGAUCCGUAAUGCUACAAGUCAUAUUGAACUGAACGAGGUGGAGAAGGGUGAGCUUCAAGGCAACAUUGCCUCCACCAUGAUCAAGCUCAUCUAUGCAUUCCUCUGGCAGGAGUAUGUUAUCUCCGAGAGUGCUUUCUUCUUGAAUCCAGUAACUAAUGUUGUCGGAUCCACAAUGAUUAAGUACGUGAACAGAUAUGCCAACAGUCUGAGUACAUUUCCAAUAUAUGAUCAGGAAAUGCAGGAUGGGGGUGAUGUUUAUCCAGGUUCAGAUAGAUGUAAUCCUCAAGAGCCUCAUUCAAAAUGGCAUCUGGAAUCUGCCAAUGGUCUGCUUGAUUUGAUCUUCUUGGCUGAUUAUAUAAACCUGCUAACUGCUUAAACUUAAGAUAAAAUAAAUUUCAGUUCAAUGA